AGCACCGCCAACCACAGCCAACUCCAACUAACCUCUUCUCUUAAUUCUCAUUAGCGCCAUUCUCCCUGGAAAUCGGUUCCGGGCGGCUCAAUUGAAUCUUGAAGCUCGAAAACUCGAUUGAGUAGGAGUGUUGUGGGGAGCAUUUUCUUGUAGUUCUGUUUGGCGUUUAAAGAUCUGAAAUCGGUGGGUGGGUGGGGAAGAUGGAGUGCAGUCAGGGUUCCCCAUCUUAUUAUAGCGUACUGGGCAUCGGCACUGAUUCGUCCAUUGAAGAAAUACGCCGCGCAUACCGCAAGCUUGCCAUGAAAUGGCAUCCAGAUAAGUGGACGAGAACCCCUUCUGUAUUGGGUGAAGCCAAGCGUAAAUUCCAGCAAAUUCAGGAAGCCUAUUCAGUCCUAUCAGACCAGAGGAAAAGAACAGUGUACGAUGCAGGCUUGUAUAACCCUAAUGAAGAGGAGGACGAGGGCUUCUCUGAUUUCUUGCAAGAAAUGAUAUCACUUAUGGCCAAUGUCAAGAGAGAGGGUAAGAUCUACACUAGGGAGGAACUACAAAGUAUGUUAAUGGAGAUGGUCCGAGACUUUGAGUCUCCUCAGCUGUUUUGUGGAGCCUCGAUUUUUGACAAUUCUCGCAGCAUGAAGAGAGGUCGAUGGGAAACGAACUCAAUGGUGGACAGAGGUUCACGUGUCCAUGUGUAUGGGACCAGCAGUUAGUGCAGUUAAGGAGCUGGGCGGUAGCAGUUUGCUUUUAACAAUCGAGUGUAUGGCUUUGAAGGAGGGAGCUGAUACAAGUUAUGGGGCGGAUCUGAUUGAUUGAUAAUCAAAGUUCCCAUGAUUUGUGGCUGUUUCCAGUAUUUACUGGUGCACAAAAAUGAAAUUGUCAAAACACGAAAGCUGUAAUAGAGAACCAUCUUGAUCGAUCUGAGUCCGGAACUCAGUCCUCCGUUGUGUAAAAAUUUUGAAUGAGCUUUUUAAUGGAACCACUUUGGGCUAGCUUGACUA